UCUCUCUCUUCUCGAAAUCCACCGCUCUUAGAAUCCAUGGCCGGAAGAGGAAAAUCAAUCGGCUCCGGCACCGCCAAGAAGGCCACGUCUCGGAGCAGCAAGGCCGGUCUCCAGUUCCCCGUCGGCCGUAUCGCUCGGUUUUUGAAAGCUGGCAAGUACGCCGAGCGUGUUGGUGCCGGCGCCCCUGUCUACCUCGCCGCCGUCCUUGAAUACCUCGCCGCAGAGGUUUUGGAAUUGGCCGGAAACGCCGCACGUGACAACAAGAAGACGAGGAUUGUGCCGAGGCACAUCCAGCUGGCCGUCAGGAACGACGAGGAGCUCAGCAAGCUGCUCGGCGCCGUCACCAUCGCCAACGGCGGCGUUAUGCCCAACAUCCACAACAUGCUCCUCCCCAAGAAAACCGGCACCGGCAAAUCUGGCCCCGCCGAAGACUAGAAACUGAGCUUCGAUUAGUUCCCUUUUGUAAAAAAGAGAUGGCACAAAUGCAAAAAAUGGAAAGUAGUGUGGUUUAGAGAGGUUAGAAACUGAGCAAUUUUUGGAUUGCUUUUUGGUUUGAUCAAUUUAAAGAGAUGAAAUUAUGGGUCGAA